CCCUCCCCCUCCCUCCUGCCCGUCCCGGAUCUAUAUAAACGUCUCGGCGAAUCGGACCCGGAUCCAGAAUCCAGCAUGAAUCCCGUUGUGGUCUCCCUGCUCCUGGGCCUGGUUUUGUGCAGCGUGGGCGCGCAGGCGCAGCAGGGCGGAGAAAAGCCAGGUAGGUGCCCCAUCACUCCGCUUUUCUGUCAAGUACCCACCCCACCAGACGAAUGCGUGACGGACUUUGGUUGCACCGGGAAUGAGAAGUGCUGUAACUACGGCUGCUACAAACGCUGCUUACGCCCACAAAAUGAAUAAAUGAAAACAAACAGCUGGGGAUCAUUAGCGAUGCUUUCUAUAGGACGCGUUUAUGGAAACCCAGCUGACGGAGUCCGUGACCCGCCGGCAGCCGCUCCGCUCCGGCGCACUUCCUGAGAGCCUCUUCCUGCAUAUCGCCUGUCGCUGGUUACCGCCGUCUGAUCACUUCCUGUUACCCCAAUAAACACUCGCACGCCUAUCGCGUUAUGGUGA